AUGGACGUGUUGCUGCUCGCUAUCGUAUCUAGCGUCGUCUGGUGUGUCGGAGUCGGGAACUCGGAUGGUAACGAGUCCGUAGUAGCUGUCUGUGUUAUCAGUGGAAAAGAUAUAAUUGGGGUGCCAGUAGUGGUAGCGUCUGCAAAAGAGCUUGAAGUCGAAAGCUCUAUCGUCGUAGACGAAGGCUCCACUGAUGAGCGGCUUGGGGAGACAGCCGAGGAGGAAGACUCGACUGUUGACGAUGCAAGAGUAGUUGUCUCUGUCGACAGAUCAGUGGCAGUGGACGUUGUAGAUGACGUGGUUGCCGGAAGCUCUGGUUCUAAGGAGGUGGUGGUUAUAGUUGAGAAUCCCUCUGUGGAGGUCUCUGUGGAGGUUCCCGUUGAACUUUCGGUUGAAGUUUCCGUGGAGGUUUCCAUCGAUGUUGACGUCGCAGAUGUCGGGGCCGGAUAA